CCUCUCUCUUGGUGCAACGAGCUCCUUAGGCGUGUGAAGUGAAGAAAGGAUCCUCAGGUAAGCCAUGGUUAAGCAUAACAAUGUGAUCCCUAAUGGGCACUUUCGUAAGCAUUGGCAAAAUUAUGUUAAGACUUGGUUCAAUCAACCAGCACGGAAGACAAGAAGACGGCUAGCUCGGCAGAAGAAGGCUGUUAAGAUUUUUCCUAGGCCUACAGCUGGACCUUUUAGACCUAUUGUUCACGGUCAGACUUUGAAAUACAACAUGAAAGUCAGAGCUGGGAGAGGGUUUUCUCUUGAAGAACUUAAGGCUGCUGGUAUUCCCAACAAACUUGCUCCAACUAUUGGCAUUGCUAUAGAUCACCGCCGGAAGAAUCGUUCGUUAGAACGUCUCCAAGAAAAUGUGCAGAGGCUGAAAACGUACAAGGCCAAGUUGGUUGUGUUCCCAAGACAGGCACGCAAGAUCAAGGCUGGGGAUUCUGGUCCUGAGGAACUUGCAAAUGCCACACAAGUUCAGGGUUCAUACUUGCCCAUUGUGAGGGAAAAGCCAUCUGUUGAUCUUGUUAAGGUUACAGAUGAAAUGAAGGCAUUUAAAGCUUAUUAUAAGCUUCGUCUUGAACGCACAAACCAACGCCAUUUUGGUGCCCGACUAAAGAGGGCUGCUGAAGCAGAAAAGGAAGACAAGAAAUAAUGACCUUGAGAUGCCAAUUUUGUAAUCCCCCCCCUCGAGAUUCUGCUCCCUUAGCUAUAUGAAGAGAAUGCUCAAUUUAAAGAAAUUACCCUCUUAGGUGUUAUUUGGUGAACUCAUGUCUAUUAAUUGAGUUAGCACUCUGGUUUGUCUGAAAUAUUACUUUUUCUCAUUUUGGUUGUUCAGGUUCUAGGUUUUUAAGUUCCUGCAUAUGUUUUCCACGCAUUCAACAUGCUCUUUUUUAGCGAUAUUUCUGUC